AUGAUGGAGGAGGCCGAAGGUGGCGAGGGCGCGACGCGAGCCGACUGCGCACGGCUGCACGGCGUGCGUGCGUGCGGCGUACCGCGCCCUGGCGUACUGCGCCCUGGCGUACUGCGCCCUGGCGUGCCGCGCGCAGCGGGGGUGCCGCGGGCGGGGGGCGAGGGGGCGGCGUCCGAGCGCACCGAGGGCGCGGCGCACGUCGCGGUGCCGCCCGCCGAGUACGCCACCUCGGAGCCGCCGCCAAACGAGCGGCGGGCCGGCGUGGCUGGCUGCGCCGACUCUCGCGAGCCUGGCGUCGGGGAGGAGGAGGUCGAGGGCGUUGCUGCCGCCGCCGAGGCGGGCCGCCGCGCUCCGGAGACCCUAGUUGUCGCCGGUCCUUCAGCGACGCGCCAUACCGACACCGGGCACAGUUCGCAGCCACUUGCUGCGUCCGCCGGAGCUUCGGAUUCUACUUACAGCGGCGCGGACGCGGAGGAGGCGGUGGCAGGAGGGGGCUCUGGGGCGGCGGGGGCGAGCGCGGCGGCUACGGCCGAGGAGGACAAGCGCGUCCGGGCGCUGAGGAUGGCCCUGCAGCACAAGACGCAGAUGCCCGUGACGGACGAGGAGGCCCGGGCUAUCCUCCAGGCGCGAGGGGGUCGCGAGACGCCCGUGACGGAGGUGCGUCCAACGUGA